CAAAAAAAGAAAAAGAAAAAGAAAAAGAAAACCCAGUCUCUCUUCUUCUACUUGCAUCAAACUCUCUCAAAAAAGUGAAAAACAAUUAAGCAUCAAUGGGCGAGGCAGGGGACUCUUUUCCUACGAAGCCGAUGACUAGUUCAGUGACGAUCGGCUCGUCGCUGAUUCCGAUAAUCAACAAGCUGCAGGACAUUCUGGCUCCCGUAGCCUCAGGCAGCGAAUUGUCCAAGAUUUCGCUGCCGCAAGUUGCCGUCGUGGGAAGCCAAAGCAGCGGAAAAUCCAGCGUCCUUGAGGCCCUCGUCGGCCGUGACUUCCUCCCUCGCGGCUGCGAUAUUUGCACUCGUAGACCCCUCGUCUUGAUGCUCGAGAAUCGCCCGCCCAAUUCCGCCCAAGAUGCCGCUCAAACUGAGUGGGGCGAGUUCCGGCAUUUGCCUGGAAAGCGCUUCUACGACUUCACCAGCAUUCGCCGAGAGAUUCAGGCUGAGACUGAAAGAGAAGCAGGACUGAACAGAGGGGUUUCGGGUAAACAAAUUCGGCUUAAGAUUACCUCUCCGAAUGUCCUUAACAUGACUCUUGUAGAUUUGCCUGGCAUCACUAAGGUUCCGGUGGGAGAUCAACCUAGUGACAUAGAAUCAAGGAUCAGGAAGAUGAUAAUGGGACAUAUUAGGCAAGAAAAUUGCAUUAUAUUGGCAGUUACUCCUGCCAACGCUGAUUUAGCCACCUCUGAUGCACUGCAACUCGCUAGAGAAGCUGACCCUACUGGUUUUCGUACCAUUGGUGUCAUCACCAAGCUGGAUAUAAUGGACAGGGGCACCGAUGCCAGCAACUUUUUGCUCGGGAAAGUUGUUCCCCUUAAGCUUGGUUAUGUUGGUGUUGUCAACCGUUGUCAGGAGGACAUUAAUAAAAACCUUAGCAUUGCUGCAGCACUUGCUUAUGAGGAUAAAUUCUUCCGCAAUAAUCCAGUAUAUUGCAGUCUCUGUGAUAGUUGCGGCAUUCCCCAGUUAGCAAGGAAACUGAAUCAGAUUCUGGAGCACCAUAUCAGGAUUGUUCUCCCUGGUUUGAAGGCUGAGUUGAAUUCUCAGAUGAAUGCUAUCUAUAAGGAACUACAAACAUAUGGAAAAGUUAUGGAAUCCAAAACAGAUCUGGGAGCAACUUUGUUGAACAUUUUGUCAAAAUACUGUGAAGCUUUUACUGCCAUGUUGGAUGGAAAAAAUCCGGAGAUGUUAACUAAAGAAUUGUCAGGAGGAGCCAGGAUCCAGUACAUUUUCCAGUCAAUUUUUGUAAAGAGAUUGCAGGAAGUAGAUCCCUGUGACGAUGUAACUGAUGAUGAUAUUCGAACUGCCAUUCAAAAUGCAUCUGGUGCAAGAGAUGGAUUAUUUGUGCCUGAGGUCCCAUUUGAAGUUUUAGUUAAAAGACAGAUUGCACGCUUGCUAGACCCAAGCCUUCAGUGUCUUCGUUUUGUUUAUGAGGAACUGGUUAAGAUUAGCCACACUUGUGAGGUUACUGAGUUGCAAAGGUUUCCAGUAUUGAGAAUGCGUUUGGAUGAAGUCAUGGUAAACUUUUUGCGUGAUGGUGCACAGCCUGCUGAGAGAAUGAUAGAAAAUCUUAUUGAGAUGGAGGCAGAUUAUAUAAACACUUCGCACCCAAAUUUUUUAGGUGGGAACAGAGCUGCUGAGAUUGCUAUGCAUGAGUUGAAAUCACCACAGAUAUCUCUGGGCGUAACGGAUGCUGAAGCCCAAACUUCUCGAGUGGCUUCGGCAAAGAAUGGACAAUUACCAAAUCAGGAUGCCUUACAGGGAAGUCGUUCACAGCUGAAUAACAAUAAACCUGUAUCUGGAGGUUCCACAAGGACUUGGAGUCUUCCAUCAUUAUUUGGGAAUCGGACAUCAUCUGAUGGCUCCCUGGAUAGCAGAUCUUUUGGUGAACAAUCAUUAUUUGGGAAUCGGACAUCAUCUGAUGGCUCCCUGGAUAGCAGAUCUUUUGGUGAACAAAACCCUUCACAAUCGAUGCCCUCUGUAAUCCAAUUGAGAGAGCCCCCAUCCAUCUUAAGGCCAAUUGAAGUGACAGAGCAUAAAGCAGUGGAAAUUGUCAUAACCAAAUUACUCUUGCGGUCAUAUUAUGACAUUGUCAGAAAAAACAUUCAAGAUCUUGUUCCAAAAGCAAUUAUGCACUUUCUGGUCAAUCUUACAAAACGGACCCUUCAUCGAACCUUCAUUCAAAAGUUCUACAGAGAGAACCUGUUUGAAGAACUGUUGCAGGAGCAGGAUGCAUUUGUAUUGAAAAGAAAACAUAUCCAAGAAUUGCUCCCAGUUUUGGAACAAUCUUUGCAGACACUGGAGAAAGUUGAGUUUGAUGUCUCAUGCCGUACUUCAAGUUUUGGAACUGAUGCUUCCACUGAACUUCCAAGAAUUACAAGGACUUCACCACCCCAUCAACAACACUCAACAACCACUGGUGAGAUGAGUCAAUCUAGAUACCAUUCAUUCUCCAGAUCAUUUGUUACCAACACUACAGCUUGAAGAUCAUUUCAGCAAGAAGAGUCAUUGUCAACUAACACAAAACGGUUUUUGGUUUUAGAUUUGUUAGACUGUAACUGGUAACUAUGCCAUUGUCGUUGGUGAUUACCAGGUUGUACAGCGAAUUCCUUUUCCUAUUUACUGAGUAUUUCACAAAACAGCUGUGAAGGUCCUUCCACCAAAGCAAUCUCUUGAUCAUGCUGUGGAAUCUUGUGAGAAGGAAGAGGGAGAAGGGAAUCAAGGAAAGAAGUGUUAGAGAAAAUCACUCUCCUAUAUUUAUUUCCUCUCCACAAUCAAAACUGAUUGUGUAACCUCUCUACAAUCAAAACUGACUGUGUAACCUCUCCACAAUCAAAACUGAUUGUGUAACUGUAGAUUAGUUUUGAAUAUUUGUAUUUAUAGCAUUGAAUUCUGUUGGUAACAGUAGAGCAGAUCUUAGCUAUAUAAUUGUACAAUUGUAAACAUACAGAUCAAUGAAAAUCAUAUUCAACAAGAA